AUGUUUUUCCGAGGCUUGGGGAAUGUGUAUUGCUCCGGCAGCCUUAACCACGCUUGUAAACGGCCGAAUUGUCGAUGUCGAGGUGUCGUUUUUCCGUAAAUUGCCCGCUGCCAGCCCGCAGUCUCUUGCUAUUGUGCUGGACCGGAGGGCAACUGAAUGUGCAGGAAGAUGCUGCGCCCCGGAACCUGAAUGGUCCGUCCGGGCGCGUUGUGGGGCUCUGCUCUACGGCCCGCUGGUCUAGCCAAGGGCAGCUUGGAUAAGGGUGCAUCCACAAAGAAAGAGGAACCUGAUGCAACGAGCAACGGAGAGGAUAAACCAGAUGGAGACAAAGAGAUAGCAGCCAGACUGGCCUCUUCCCCUCCAGCGGAGACGAUGCUAAACGGCACCGAAUGUGACGACAGGAGGCACAAGAGCCCGACACACGGCUCCGCCACCGCCAACAAGACUUUACUGCUGGCGACUGAGAACGGCCUGUCAGACACGGAGCCGCCACACGGCUCCGUUACUGGAAGCAAUGGAUUUAUUCUCACUAAGCCGCAGCAGGAAGGCGGCUCUGCAGCGGGGCCAGGUUCGGGAGCUCCCCCCCACAGGACUAACUGGUUGCCUUCGGGCUCACCGACAGGGGGACACACGGCCAAAUCUCCCCCGGGCUCGGCGACUGGCGGCGCACCGAGUUCAUGUGCACUAAGGACUGACCCCAGCACGGGGACUACGUCGGGUCGGGAGACCCCAGACACUAAGAAUGGCACCGCCUCGUCUCCUGCCCCGCCUCCAGCACCCGUCACCAUACACAGAGCGCGCAAGACCAUGUCCAGACCUGCUGUCAGCCCGGCACAAAAGCUUCUUAACAGGGAAUUAAGAGAAGCAAAGAGUGCCAAAAUGGAGAAAAUGGAGACUCCUGUUGCACCUGAUGCUCCAAAAUCCUUGCAGCAACCCUCCGCGCCGAACCAUCUACCUCAGAGUCCGCCGGAUACGCUAGCUUCAGCACAAACUGCUUCAUUGGAUUCACCAGCACCUCCUCCAGCUCCCGUGGCCCCUCCGGCUUCUCCAGCUCCCGCGACACCUCCGGCUCCUCCGGCAGCCCCUGAGACUCCGGCAGCCCUUGAGACUCCGGCAGCCCUUGAGACUCCUCCAGCCCUUGAGACUCCUCCAGCCCCUGAGACUCCUCCAGCCCCUGAGACUCCUCCAGCCCCUGAGACUCCUCCAGCCCCUGAGACUCCUACAGCCCCCUCGGCUCCUUCAGCCCCAGCCAAGCUCCAACUAGGUCCCUACUCAGGAGGGUUGUCAUCCCGUAAGAAGAAGAGGAGGAUGGGAAUGUACAGUCUGGUUCCCAAGAAGAAAACCAAAGUGCUUCGGCAGAGAAGUGUGCUGGAAAUGUUUAAGGAGCUACAGCAGUCUGCCAAGAGCCCGCAGACUAAAGAGGUAGCAAACCUAAAUGGGGAGAAGGUGGAAAAUGUGUCCGAGGAGGAAGAGUCGGAGGAGGUGGAGUCUGAGGAAGAGGAGCGACGGCAGCCAAAAGAAGAACCUAUCUGUGCUGCACAGGAAGCAGCAUCUGAAACCAUCUCUCAGGUGGGAGAGGAGCAGGAGUCUGAAGAGUCUGGAGAAGAAGAGGGAGAGGAGGAGGGCACAGAGUCUGACUUGAGCACAGAGUCCAGUCUGAAGAAGAAGUUGAAAAAGAAAAUAAAGAGGGACAGCGCGUGGCUCAGGCCGUCUAGGAAACGGAAGAGGAGGAUAAAGGCCAAAGAACUGGAGGCGGGGGAUCCAGCUCGCGCCCAGGCAGGCGUUGGGAAGGAGUGCACGCAGUCUGUCAUCCUCAACAAGCCCCAAGAGCCGGCGCUUCGCUCACAGAACAAAGACGCUCCAGGGUCAGCCAUGGAGGAGGUUCAGGAGCUUCCGCUCUGCAGCUGCCGCAUGGAGACACCCAAGAGUCGAGAGAUUCUCACCCUGGCAGACAAGAAGUGCAUGGCCACAGAGAGCGUCGACGGACAGCUGACCCGCUGCCAGGGCGCCAUAUUGAAACACGAAAUGAUGCGUCCCUCCAACUCUGUUCAGCUGCUGGUUCUGUGCGAGGACCACCGCAACGGCAUGGUGAAACACCAGUGCUGCCCCGGCUGUGGCUUCUUCUGCAGGGCUGGGACCUUCAUGGAGUGCCAACCAGACCCCAGCAUCUCCCACCGUUUCCACGGUGCGUGUGCCUCGAUGCUGAAAGGUCAAAGCUUCUGUCCCCACUGUGGAGAGGAGGCCAGCAAGGCCAAGGAGGUCACCAUCGCCAAGGCCGACACCACCUCCACCGUGCCCUCCACGCUCGCACACGGACCCGCCACGCCUGGGAUCCCCGAGGGCCGAGCAGACACCACCACUGGCAGCUCAUCUCGUCUGGCUGCGGGGGCUGAAGUCAGCGGCAGGGCCGACAGCUCGCUGUCCAAUCGCUCGGCCCAGGGGCUCGACGCCUUUGCUGUUCCUGGGUCAUCCAGGACCGCGUCACUGCUGGCUGGGGCGGGGACCUCUGUCCCACCUGCAGUCCCUCAAGGAGCAGCUAGAGAGACUCUAGAGAGCAUCCUGGUAGCACUCGACACAGAGAAGCCCAAGAAGCUGCGUUUUCACCCCAAACAACUUUACCUCUCGGCCAAACAGGGAGAACUCAAGAAGGUUGUGCUCAUGUUGGUGGAUGGUAUCGACCCUAACUUUAAGAUGGAGUCUCAGAACAAACGCACGCCGCUCCACGCUGCAGCUGAAGGAGGAUACAAAGACAUCUGCCACAUGCUCGUACAGGCCGGCGCGAACGUGGACAUGUGUGACGAAGAUCAGCGGACGCCACUGAUGGAGGCCUGUGAGAACAACUACAUGGAAACGGUCCAGUACCUGCUGAGAGCUGGAGCCAGCGCCACACACAAGGAUGUUGAAGGAUUCACGUGUCUCCACCUAGCGGCAAAGUCUGGCCAUUACAGCAUCGUUGAGCACAUUCUGUCCACAGGAUUGAUCAACAUCAACUGUCAGGAUGAUGGAGGUUGGACAGCCAUGAUCUGGGCGACUGAGUACAAGCACGUGGACCAGGUGAAGCUGCUUCUGUCCAAAGGAGCCGACAUCAGCAUCAGGGACAAGGAAGAGAACAUCUGCCUUCACUGGGCAGCGUUCUCAGGCAGCGUGGAGAUCGCCGAGCUGCUCCUGAACGCCCGCUGCCACCUGCAGGCUGUCAACAUCCACGGAGACUCCCCUCUACACAUCGCCGCUCGGGAGAAUCGCUUAGAAUGUGUCACGCUUUUCCUGACUCGAGGAGCUGAUGUGUUUCUGAAGAACCGCGAGGGAGAGACUCCUCCAGACUGCUGCAGCCACAACUCCAAGGCCUGGGCGGCGCUGCAGGCCAACAGGAGGGAGAGGGACGCCAACAACGCCAGGCUCGCUCGAGCAGAGGAGAAAGUCCUUCACAGUGACAUAGCUCUGGGGCAGGAGAGAGUUCCCCUUCCCUGUGUCAACUCUGUGGACAGUGAACCUUACCCAGACGACUACAAAUACAUCCCUGAAAACUGUGUCACCUCCCCCAUGAACAUCGACAGGAACAUAACCCACUUACAGUACUGUGUUUGCAAAGAAGACUGUUCGACAAGUAUCUGCAUGUGUGGACAACUCAGUCUGCGGUGCUGGUACGACAAGAGUGGUCGUCUUCUACCUGAAUUCUGCCGUGAGGAGCCUCCUCUCAUCUUUGAGUGUAACCAUGCAUGCUCCUGUUGGAGGACCUGCAAGAACCGCGUAGUGCAAAAUGGACUCAGGACCAGGCUUCAGCUCUUCAGGACCAGUAAGAAGGGCUGGGGUGUCCGAGCAGUACAAGACAUACCACAGGGGACCUUUGUGUGCGAGUACGUGGGGGAGAUCAUCUCCGAAGCAGAAGCAGAGAUGAGGCAGAUUGACACCUACCUGUUCAGCCUGGACGAUAAGCCACAAGAUCUAUACUGCAUCGAUGCUCGUUUCUAUGGAAACAUCAGUCGCUUCCUCAAUCACAUGUGCGAGCCCAAUUUGUUUGCCUGUCGAGUGUUCACGACGCACCAGGACCUUCGUUUCCCACACAUUGCCUUCUUUGCCAGUGAAAACAUCAAGGCUGGAGAGGAGCUUGGAUUUAACUACGGCGACGACUUCUGGGAAGUCAAAAGCAAGCUGUUCAGCUGCGAGUGCGGCUCGUCCAAGUGCAAGUACUCGUCCGCGGCGAUGGCGUCGCUGCAGGCCGACAGCACCCCGGAGAACCAGCAGCAGCCCAGCGCGUCUCCUGACACCAGCUCUUCCACCAGUCCCUCCAGCCCCUCCUAAAGCCGCCGCGCCGCCACACUACACUUCGCCUACACGUACACGAGGACGGCUGUCUCCAUCCUCCUCGAACUUUAAACUUUUUUUUUUAAUCCGUGAACUCGUACUGUAUCUUCACUUCUGAUAUAAAAACCAUGGACCUUCACGAGAACCCGUACAACGUCGUCACACGGAACCAGAUGCACAAUCGAAUCCUGGAAGAGCUUCCUGCUCCUUUUUAUUCCACCUCGUGUAACAUGAACAGCAGGGGGGGCAGCGGCGCAUCACGCACAGCAAAUCACAGGGACAGUAAACACGUCUUCACAUUUCAUACUUAACUUUACUGCGAAGGAGAACUGUGCAUUUUGUCCUUUUUAUUUGUUUCUCUUUUUUUAAUUGUUUGAAUUGUUGAAUGGCUUUUCUUAUCGAGUCAUGAUCAAGGAACUUUUUUGGGGGGGGUGGGGGGUGAGGGUAGCAUUGUCUUUUGCAAAGACAACCUCAGCAUACAGCUGAGUUUCACUUGUUUUGGCCUCUGCGGUCAGUUAUCAUGAACCAUUCCUGGCAAAAUGAGAUAAAUAUCCAACUAUGUUGCCACUUCUUUGUCACUUCAUCUUUGUUGCAGUGUUUGAACGCAUGCACCAUCAUAGUUGAUUAUGAACUGAUGAAUUAACUGAAAUAAUAGGAAAGACAAACACAUGGUGCAAAAGUUUUUUUUUUUUUUAUUUGAUACUCAAGCGGGUAUAGAGAAAGAUGCUGUUCCAUUCCUCAAAAAUGAGGUGUUUCUAGUCUGAAUGAAUUGAGCCUUUUUAUUAAGCAUGUUUAAGGGGGAUCGUGUCAGACAUUUUGCCACAGUUGAGCAAAAAUUUAUUGAUUUAAAUUGAAGUGGAGUUAAAAAAAAAAAAUGAGAAAAUGGUGCUGUCAAAGGUUUUUACUUUUUGUUUUGAUUUUUUUAUUACCCAAGUGAACAUAGUUUGUAAGAUAAGAGAAUGUUUAAAGUUUUUUAUUUGUUUUAUUUUAACUCCAGUUUUCUAAUCGUAGUUACUGUAGGCUAUUUUUAAUUUUUGUUUUCACGAUUUUGCCGACAGAAGCCAACCCGUCUUUUUAAAUGUUGUCAGUAAAGCAGUGACUGUUGUGCAAAGUCUUGGAAGAUAUAAACAAAAACAAAAAGGUUAUAAAAAAUGCACUUCAUAAAGUUCUGUUACAUAUUUCUGGACCGUGAACCAUCCAUCUAAUUGGUUGUAUCUUUUUCAAUAAAUUUACUACUAAUGCAUUUAUUCUGA